GUGUGUGUGUCUGCGCGGCGGAUUCCCAUCACAAACCAAGAUGGCGGCGGAGCGGACAGCCGGCUCGGCACAGUGACUGACAGACAGACCUGAAACCUCGGUCGGCUGGAGAGCUAACGGUUAAACUCUUGAGAUAAACAAUAGAUAAAAACGCUCGCCACCUUACUUUUUUUUCCCGGUAACGAGUGGUGUGAUGAAACUGCACCGGUAGACGACACCGGGGGAAGUUGUGUGUGUGUGAGGACUAAAUUGACGUCCACAAGCGGGCUGCCGGCGGGGAUGGGAGAUGAUGGAGGACAAAGGCCCUCGUGUAGCCGACUACUUUGUGGUGGCCGGUCUGACGGACUGCUCCAAGCCGUUGGACCAGGAAAUCCACUUUGACGACGUCUGCCACAAGACGGCCAAGCCGAAGGCGCCCAUCACGGAUGUGGCGGUGGUGAUCCGCUCGACAGGCGAGGAGGUGCCGCCAGGGUUCACCUGCGUAGAGGAAACACCAACAGGCCAUUCAGCUGAUCUUAACAACGGCGGUCUCAUGGCACCCCAGAUCUUCGUGUGCUACAGGAGAGGUCGAGACAAGCCGCCACUCACUGACUUGGGCGUGCUGUAUGAGUGGAAGGAGCGGCUGAAGCAGGGCUGUCACCUCAUCCAGACCACACCCUCCGGUCGUCCAGCCAACAUCAGCGGCAAUUCCUCCCAGCGCAUCUACAUCACCUACCGACGGGCACCUGAGAGCCAGCCGCACUCUGCCCUCGCCGUCACUGACAUCUGCAUCAUCAUCCCGAGCAAGGGCGAGACUCCCCCUCACACCUUCUGCAAGGUGGAGAAGAAUCUCAACAGCAGCAUGUGGGGCUCUUCGGUCUACCUGUGUUACAAGAAGUCUGUGGCCAAAACCAACACAAUAGCCUACAAAGCAGGUUUAUUCAGCAGAUAUCCAGAGGAGGACUAUGAGUCAUUCCCACUACCAGAAUCUGUCCCACUCUUCUGCCUUCCCAUGGGGGCCACAAUCGAGUGCUGGCCAGCUAACACCAAAUACUCCCUACCUGUUUUCUCCACCUUUGUCCUCACCGGAGCCUCUGGAGAGAAGGUCUACGGUGCUGCCAUUCAGUUCUAUGAGCCCUUCCCGCAGGAGUGUCUGACUGAUCAGCAGUUAUCCCAGCUAGGUCUCCUGAACCCCGAUCCACCCAAACCCUCUUCCAACUGUAAGGGGACAGCCGCCAGCAGUGCCACUAACAGCACCACCACAACCCCACGCUUGGUCUUCACCAACAAGUGUAUCUGUCUGCUUUCUCACUGGCCCUUCUUUGACGCAUUCCGCAAGUUCCUCACAUUCCUCUAUCGCUACUCUAUCUCCGGCCCUCACGCUCUGCCCAUCGAGAAGCACAUCUCUCAUUUUAUGCACAAAGUUCCCUUCCCUUCCUCUCAGAGGCCUCGCAUUCUGGUGCAGCUUUCCCCUCAUGAUAGCCUGAUGUUGAGCCAGCCAGUGUCUUCUCCUUUACCGCUCAGUGGUGGUCGGUUUUCCAUGCUGCUCCAGAAUCUCGGACCAGAGAACGCCGUCACCUUGCUGGUGUUUGCCGUCACCGAACACAAGAUCCUGGUCCACUCGCUACGACCCGCCGUACUGACCAGCGUUACUGAAGCUCUGGUGUCUAUGAUCUUCCCGUUCCACUGGCCGUGCCCGUAUAUUCCUCUUUGCCCCCUGGCGUUGGCUGACGUGUUGAGUGCCCCCUGUCCAUUCAUUGUAGGAGUGGACUCCCGCUACUUUGAUCUUUAUGACCCCCCACCAGACGUGAGCUGCGUGGACCUGGACACAAACACCAUCUUCCACAAUGAAGAUAAGCGAGCCCUCACAUGGAAGAUCCUGCCAAAGAAAGCCUGUAAAAACCUGAUGAAUGUGCUGAGCAAUCUUUACCAGCAGCUGGUCGAUGGUCAGCAGCGGCCUGAUGGGCUGAUGGAGCUCAGCAUGACUGAAUCGUCAGAGCUGAGCUGUGGGAAGAGCCUCCACGCCCUGGAGCUGGAGAUCCAGGAAGCCUUCCUGCGCUUCAUGGCAGCUAUUUUGAAAGGUUACCGCUCGUUCUUACGACCCAUCACCCAGGCCCCCUCUGAGAAAGCCACAGACGCCAGUUCGCUCUUUGACUUGCAAGGGUUCUUGAAAAGCCGUGAUCGCUCACAUCAGAAGUUCUACUCGCUGAUGACCAAAACCCAGAUGUUCAUCCGCUUUAUAGAGGAAUGCUCCUUCGUCAGCGACAAAGAUGCCAGUCUGGCGUUCUUCGACGAUUGUGUGGAAAAACUCUACAGUUCAGAGCGGAGUGCAGACAAAGGAGGCAAGGUGGACAGUGACAGGCCGGAGGAGGCCAGGCUGAUAGAGAUUGAUGAAUCUCAGCGCAGUGAGCACACAGUCUUCAUCACACCUCCAGAGCUGCCUCCUCUGCCUGAGGGGGAGGAAUAUCCACUCUGCUACAGGUACGAUGGAUUCCCAGUGUUAAGUCUUGACCUGUUUGACCCCGUGGACGGCCUGCGGACCCCCUCCUCCCGCCUCGCUGCCCGGCACAGCUGUCCCACAAGCCCUGCCCCCAUGUUUAGACGCACCAAGCAGGAGAUCAAAACAGCCCAGAAGAUAGCGAAGAAGUACUCGUCCAUCCCCCAGAUGUGGUCCAAGUGCCUGCUCCGUCACUGCUACGGCCUGUGGUUCAUCUGUCUGCCAGCAUACGUGAAGGUGUGUCACUCCAAGGUGCGGGCGCUUCGCACAGCCUACGACGUCCUCAGGAAGAUGCAGGCAAAGAAACUGCAGCCCCCCGACGAGGUCUGCUACCGGGUGCUGAUGCAGCUGUGUGGACAGUAUGGCCAACCCGUCCUGGCCGUCAGGGUCCUCUUUGAGAUGAAGAAGGCCGGAGUCCACCCCAAUGCCAUCACCUACGGCUACUACAACAAGGCGGUGUUGGAGAGCACGUGGCCCUCCAGCACCAGAGGAGGUUACUUCCUGUGGAUGAAGCUGAGAAAUGUCGUCCUGGGCGUGGCACAGUUCAAACAGGUGCUACGGCGACACGCUCCCAUCACGCAGAGCCCUCUGUCAGAUGGCAGUGACCUGGACGCUCUGAGUCACGGCAGCCUGGAUAGCUCUGCCGACACUAACCUGGCCGAGCAGGGCCCCUACGCCAAAGUAGACCCCACUGACGAUAGAUCUAGCACAGUCGGCCGUGAGGGCGGCGGCGUGGGCGCCAGGGCCCCGGUGGCCCACUCACACUGGGGGGGCUCUGAGCUCAGAAAAGCCACCCUCCACCCAGGGGAUCAAUCAGAUUUGGGUUAUAACUCGCUGUCCAAAGAGGAGGUUCGGCGAGGAGACCCCAGUGCUCAGGACACCGCCCCCGACAAAGAUGACAAGAAGGAGAGCGACUGCAGCUCCUUGUCAGAGACAGAGAGUGCCAAGGGGAGUAAAGACUGCCUCCCUCAGCUGGACAUGGAGCUCCAUUCCUCCUUCCAACCCCGCGGUAUUGUUCGCAGCAGCUGUCCUUAUAACGAUUCAUCCUGUAAACCCAAGAGCUCCACCAGCGAAGGGCACGUUGCAGGUCUCCUCUUCACUUCUUCCCUGGAGGAGAUCGGUGAGGUCCAUGCCAACAGUUUGCUCAGGAGACAUAAGAGUGCUCUGGAGGAGGUGGUGGGCAGCGGCAGCAGUGGCACCACUGUCCUUGGCCUGGGUAUGAGCCGGGGUGAAACCGACCCAGAUAAGAUUGCGGGACACCUGGGCGCGGAUGUCAAAAUUCUUUCUUGUGCCAACUUUACUAAAAGUAGGAGGCCUCGUUCGCUGGCUCUGGGCGGGUUAGAGGGGGCACGUGCUGCCAGAUGUUGUGACCACAGGGAGGAGGAAGAGGAGAUGGAGGGGCAGGACUCUAGUGAUGAGGACAGAAGUAAUACAGAGGCCAUUUUUGAUUUGGAGGACAUAGAUUUAGACAAGCCUGCCACAGGUGCUGGCUUUAGUUCCCACAAAUCCAACAAAUAUAAUAAGAAACCUGUUGAGCGCAGCGUCAGCUACAGUGGAAUGAGCUCGGUGAAGCGCACAGACAUACAGACGGGCUACGACCCUCUAUCCCUGCUGGCUGCAGAGUCACAGUCAGAGCAGCCGACUGAGGACCCGGACGGGGACGAGGACAGCACACCAAGCGCCCGUAGAGACCUGGCUAGAGAGAUCGAGCUCUACAUGAACCACAUGGGCAGCCCGCUGAGCAGCCGUGCACCCAGUCUAGACCUGCAGGACCCGGCCAGCCCUCUCCUCUUCCUCCACCCUUCCUCUCUCUCAGCCCCCCGCAGAGCCAGCCUGCCCUACAGCUCCCCCUUCAGGACCGCCGGAGUACCCCGCUCUCGCACGUUCCACCCGCCCUCUCCCUCCCAGCCCAUCGCACGCCAGCGUCUAUUGUCAUCACCCUCGUGUCGCAGCUCAAGCACCACCCCCAGCGCCAGCCCUAGACCCAGCCCUUACAGGGAGAGAACAGACAGGAUGAGCCUGGCGUCGCCUUCCUCAUCCUCUUUCGCUCUGGACACUCUGCUCACACCAACGCUUGAUGUGUUCAAGACCAGCGUGUUCUCGGCUGGGAAGGGCGUGGCAGAGAAGGCAAGCCGCUGGUACUCCCGUCUCGCCACAUACACCACGCCUACAAAGGACGGUCACAGUGACCGUGUGAGUGUGUCCUCCCUCGGUGUUGGAGAUCCUGACCGCUCCUCCCUGCGUGAUGAGGAGGACUGUGGGCAGUCCGAGGGCUCCGUGAUCUCUCCACAGAGGAAUGUCCCUGCAGGGCCCCGCAGGAGCCCCAGACGCAGCCCCUCUGCAGGCUCCAGCCUUGGGAAGCCCACAUCUCUGCCCCCUGGAUGCGUCCUCUCACCUCCCGGCUUCCCUCCGCCAGACAAGUCGGACCUCGGCUCUUCACGCUACACCAGCAACACCAGCAUCUUCAACAACUACGCCAUGGAGCUGCUGAUCUCCAGCUGUUCUCGCUGUAAGACGUGCGACUGCCUCGUGUACGAUGAGGAGAUCAUGGCUGGCUGGACAGCAGACGACUCCAACCUGAACACCACCUGCCCCUUCUGUGGAAACCCCUUCCUGCCCUUCCUCAAUGUGGAGAUCAGGGACAUGCGAGGACCCGGCAGGCUUUUCCUAAAAGGCAGCCCUUCGGUGGACGAGGCAAUGACCUCAUCAUACUCUGCCUCCACAGGUUUGGACACGGGGACGUCCACCCUGUCCACCCCCUGUCCUACAACAGCUGUCUUCCCUCCCUCCCCUGGGAUAGCUGUCCAAGAGUGCUCAGGGAGUGAAUGGGCUCGAUCAACCAGAGCUCAAGGCAUCAACAUCCCCUCGGAGCGCAGGAAGGGGGCGCUGUCCCCCGGAGCGCCCAUGGCCCGCAGCGUCAGCGCCUUUGGUCCUCUGGACGAAGCAUCCCGACCCAACCGCUGUGUGCCCACAUCAGGCAGCCUGCCCAGCCGUCUCAAUGAGACCACGGAGCCGCUGAGCAUGGAUUGGCGGCUCCACAACCCUGAGCCGGUGACGGUUCCCUACCUGAGCCCGCUGGUGCUGUGGAAGGAGCUGGAGAGUCUGCUGGAAAACGAGGGCGACCCUGUGAUCACAGAGGCCGACAUGGUGGACCAUCAUCCCAUCAUCUACUGGAACCUGGUCUGGUAUUUCAGACGGCUGGACCUGCCCAGCAACCUCCCCGGUCUCAUGCUCACAUCUGACCACUGCAACAGAGAUUCCCAGGUCCCUCGUCCCUGGAUGUCGGAGGACAGUAAACACGUGUUGAUCCAGAUCCUGUGGGACAACCUCAAGCUGCAUCAGGACUCGAUCCAGCCUCUCUACAUCCUGUGGAACACAUACAAUGUGGGUUACCCUCUGUCCCGGCCGGCCCCGGAGGAGGAGAAGCCGUUCAGCGAUGAGUUGCUGCAGAGCGUGGUGAAGAGCAUCCAGAGGAACGACGUCGGUCGGCCGAUGGCUCAGCUGCUGCAGCUGCUGGCUCAGGCGCUCGGGGUCAAAAGGCAGAGGAGUUUGUACAGAGACGUCCUCUUCCUCUCUCUGGUGGCUCUGGGAAAAGAUAACAUUGAUAUUGACGCCUUCGAUCGUGAGUACAAGUUGGCGUACGACCGCCUGGUGCCGAGUCUGGUGAAGCUGACUCAUAACUGUGACCGUCCGCCCAGCACCGGGGUCAUGGAGUGCCGCAGGACGUUUGGGGAGCCUUACCUGUGAAACUGUCGCCUUCACACAAACCAGGGUCAAGUCUCACCGCCCCCCACGUCAUCGCUUUAAGACGAGCUCAGGAAACCUGUUGGAAGACUGUGAAUGUUUUCAAGAAAACUCUGCAAGUGAUCAUGAACAGGUACAGCGGGCAGCGUUCAGCGUUCAGCGUUACGUAGCCUCAAACCAAAACCGAGCCCUACAGACUUUAUCUCAACUAACUGACGAUGGAAACGCCACUCAAACCGUUCAUAAACACAACGUUUCUUUGGAAAUCCUGUGGAAGUUAUGCUGUACACACACAGCAGUAGAGGAACUUUUUUUUUAAAUGCAACAUUUAUAUUGUAUAGUCAUACGGCAAAUGAAGACUAAUAUUAGCAAUAUUUUAACUUGAAAACUCUAUUUAUAAAAGUAAGCUUUAUUUAUUGUAGUGUCUUCUUCAUGUCAGCGUAAGUUGUUCUAUUGUCGUCUCGCUGUUUCAACCGGAGCGCCUCUAACCCUAAACACAACGUUGUAGUACGGAUUUAUUGUCCGUUGUAAAUGAUGACUAGGUUUUGUGUGCUUUAUGAGUCAGCAUCAAACAAAAAAAGGUUUAAAUUAGAGCUCUAAUGAUCAGUAUAUCGACAAAAAAUGAAUUCGAGGUUUUGGGACUGUUGGACUGAAGUGAUUAAAUGCUUUAUGAGUUGACAAACUAAUCAGCAGAUUGGCCAAAUGUCAUUAGUUGCCGCCCUAAUUUAAAUGUUGUAAACCACUUGUUAAAGCUUCCUUUGAUCUUGAAUGUUGUGCGGAAUCUAAAGAUAAAUGUCCGCUGUACUGCACCUUUAACUAGAACGCUCUACAUUUAAUUCAUUUUAACUUACCAGUUUGGUUCUCAAACUGAAUACUUUUAGUUUGUUUACAAAACUUGUUUUUACGGUACGUUGCCACUGCCGAAAACCACCUCAGUGUGAUUUAACGUUUUGGUGGCCAUAUUGGAGGUUUGAAGUUCUUUUUUACAAAAGCCUGUUGCAUCUCUUAAAACUAAAAUUCUGGUAUAUUGCAACUUGGGAUUUUUUAUUUCGUGAUGUUAUCCCUCAUUUUUGUCAGCUGCUAUAACAUUGUACUCGUCAAAAUAAUAGCUCACGGCGCCACACCGAAGUCUGACAGGAUCUCCAGAGGACCUAAACCACUUUAUUUGGAGGUGAAACAAAGUGAGCACACACCCAAUUUGUUGGUAACAUCCCAGAAAAAAAGCAGCUUUACCCAAGGCUUUCUCUAAUUAUUUAGAUUUACAUUUACAUAACCAGCCUUUUUAAAUGUUUAUGCAUGUACUACAUGUUUGCCCAGUGACAGCAUCUUGUUGUGUGUUUCACAUCAGUUGAUGAGUGUGAGGUGGCUUCUGGGAUUUCUCCAUGAUGCGUUAUUAUGGUUUUAUAAUUGUAUACUUUUUUUUGUGGGGGGUAUUGUUUUAAAAUACCCAACAUGGCAACGUCUUGUUUCAUGCACCAGCUUUAUCUCUCCUCCAUACCAAAAAGGGAUUCUAAUUUCAGUCCCCACAGGAAACAAUGAUGAUGCGGUAACAGAAGGUAGGGGAGCGAUUAUUUUCUGGUUAGCAUUUGCCAUUUCACCACAUUAAUGAAUGAACAGAUUUUUGUAGAUCCUGCAGACUCUAGAGACAUUUUAGAAGAAUUUCCAAGGUAAAUGUUUUCAAAACAUGAUGAUACCAUGCAGAUAAUUCCCUAUUCUCAUGUACCGCAAAUGCAGACAUGGCAACAUUUAAACAUUAUCAAUGUUCAGACUAUUUUUCCCCUCCAGACUGUUUCUAUGGAAAACAAUGCAUGACUGCCAACUAGAAGAGAGUUCAUUUUCUGUGUUAAAAUGCCCUCCGACAAGACGCACAUCUAUACUAAGUAAAGUUUAAACAGUUUUAUUUAACAUGCACUAGUGUUUCUAAAAGGACAGGAAGUAAAUCAGGACUUUAAAAUAGAAAAUACAAAACAAAGUUACGCAGAUCUGUAAAUGUGUAACUUUUCACUGGGAAUGUUUGGAUUUUUCUUCUGAAUGCAUACAAAAAAUGUCAACUUCUGCAUUUUUAAAGUUAAAGUUCAGAUCUUAUUUCCAUUAAAAUGAUGGAAGUGAAAUAGAUAUUUGUUGCGGGUUGUUAGUGUUGAAGAGAUGCUGUUGGGGGAAAUAAUACCAAAUAAACUCUGGAUAGAACUGGAUUUAAACGGGAUAAGAACUUGUCUGUCAGCAUUUCUUAUCAUUUUUAUGUGAAUGUUAAUCAAAAGUGGACGCAAUGGUUAAAGGAGGACCUUUGAGUCUAAACUCAAGAAGGUCUCAUGAAUGUCAACCAUGUGUGUAAAACUGGAAAAGUCCGCACGUUUCACUACUCCCCUAAAACGUGAACCAGGACAGGACACAUCUGCUGGAAGAAAAGCUGCCAUUUAUCUGUGGAUUUUUGUUAUAAGUUAUAAAAAUUGAAUGAUUUUGCAGAAUCUGGGGCCAUGUACAUUUUACCUCGCCCUUAUGCAGAAAUCACAUUUUAUAACAUGUGCAAAAGGUCCUUUAUGGUUGUGGUGAAGGUUCUGUACAGCGACCAGAUCUACAGGACUGUUUAACUGUAAAUAAAAUCACUUACACGCAU